GGUAGUGCCGUAGUGACAGAGUAGAGAGAGAGACCAAAAUUGAAAACAAACCGAGCCGAACGAGACUGACAGUACCCAAAAAGCAAAACCGGCAUGAGCGAAGAAGAGCAAGCCAAAUGCGGCGGCGAGUCGGCGGGACCCGGAGACGGCGAGGGCGUGAGCGGGAGGGGGAAAGUGAAGGGACCGUGGUCACCGGAGGAGGACGCCGUGCUGAGUAGUCUUGUGAGGCAGUUCGGGGCCAGAAAUUGGAGCCUGAUCGCCCGUGGAAUCCCCGGCCGCUCCGGCAAGUCGUGCCGCCUCCGAUGGUGUAAUCAGCUUGACCCCUGUCUCAAGCGCAAGCCCUUCACCGAUGAAGAGGAUCGAAUUAUAGUUAAGGCCCAUACGAUUCAUGGAAACAAAUGGGCUGCAAUUGCAAAGCUCCUUCCUGGUAGAACAGAUAAUGCAAUCAAGAACCACUGGAAUUCUACACUAAGGCGCAGGUGCACAGAGCUUGACAGAACAAGGGUAUCUUCAGAAGAAACUGUAUCAGUUGGGGUUAUCGAUCCAUUCAAUACCCCGGAAGGAAAAGAUGUCCCAUUGCUUGAUAGACCCCAAACGUGUGGAGAUAAAUUUCAAACGAAGGAGGGUCAUUUUGUUGGUGAAGAAAGAGAGAAUCAAGGAAGAGAUAUCCCAAUGGUGGAUACACCCCACUCAUGUGGAGAAAAAUUUCAAACAAAGGAGGGUCAUUUUGUUGGUGAAGCGAGAAAGCGCCCUACUCUUCCUCGUCCAGUGGCACGCGUUAGCGCGUUCAGUAUUUAUAACCCUCCUAGUGGGCCAACCCAUUCUGUGUUUUCAAGGACAGUUCCAGCUCAAGGGCCAUUGGUCCAAGCUUCCAAACCAGAGUUUGGGAUCUCCAAAUUCCUUGAAGAUGUUUAUGGUGAGCCAAUGGUUCCUUCACAAUGCGGCCAUGGCUGCUGUGCAGAUGCUAGUGCUGGGGGUCAUUCUCAUAGCUCGUUGUUGGGGCCUGAGUUUGUUGAAUAUGUAGAGGCUCCAUCUUUUUCUAGUCAUGAGUUGAUCUCCAUAGCUACAGAUUUGAACAAUAUUGCAUGGAUUAAGAGUGGCCUUGAGAAUAAUGGCGCCAGAAUGCCAGACAUCACGGCAAGCCAGAGAGUGUCUGAAAUGGCGGCUGCAGCCCCUCAGACAGGAACAUUUGAACAGAGUACAAAGAAUGACCAUGUGUGUGUCGAAGAGGGACGGAACAAGUUAAUAGGCAUGAUGACAGAAAUGCUAUCCACCCAGAUGCCUAGGCAAACAUUUGCAGUUCCAGCCGAAGUUGAGGGCUUGAGCUAAAACUCAUGGCCAGCUGUCUUUGUCUUUUUGCACUAUUAUCAAAUUAGUGAGUUGUGACAAUUAUAGUUGGCGGGGGAAUCAGUUUUGUGAAGAGGUUUCCUCAUUCCAGGUGAAGAGAUGAAUACAUUUUGGUUGACAAAAAUUCUGACAUGUUUCUGAAAAUAUAUUCCUUCUUGAUCCACUAAAGAAAUGAAACCCGUAUAUAGCAGUUA